UAUACAGCAAAAGCAGUGUAGCAGUAAUGAGGAAUCAAUAUUUUAUGUUCUCUGAAACAGCUCAAAAACUUUGAUGCCAAAGAGAACUCUGCCUCAGAAAGCCCAGCAAUUAUCAAAGAGAAUAACAAGAUCACAGAGCCGUACCCUAGCAUUUGAAAGAAGGCUGACUAAUUUUAUUACAACUUUACAUAACAGGAUCAAACUUCAGGACAAUGCUAAAGACCUUGAUAAUCAUCAGAGAUACGUCCAUGAUACUGUCCAAACUAUUUGUAAUAAACUAGGAGAGCAAUUCCCAACAUUCAAAAUUCAGGAUUGUGGUAUUCUACCAAAUGGAAGCUAUUACCACAAGACAAAGAUACUGAAAGCUGAUGAGUUUGAUUACCUGAUCCCUCUUGCUCUUGCAUUAGACAAAGAUGUUGCCAUUCAACACAAGUCCAUCACAAAGCUUGAAGUAGACAUCCUAAGUGACACCCUAAUUGAUGUCAUGAAUGCAACAUGCAGUGAACUUAAGACAGUCAAGAUAAAUGCUGUAAAGGAUGGCAAACUACCAGUUGGUAUCACUAAAUAUCUCCGUAAAGCUAUUGCUAAAUGCUUAACUAUACUGCACCAUGAAGGCAAGCUUGACUAUAAAGGUGAGACAGAUAUGCGAGAUGAUUCUUCAGGCAAAUCUGAGAUGUUAUUGGACAAACAGAUUGAACUGGACACAGGUCUCCAUGGCCCAUGUGUAAGAUUAAGGCUCAGUGGCCCAUUGUGUGUGGCCGAUGUCGACUUAGGAUUCUGUAUGAUUAUACCCAAAUCUAACACAAAUGGUGGUUGCUACGUCGCUUUACCAAUCCAACCUAACUGGGUGAAGUCCUUUUAUGAAUACCCAGAGAAUUGUAGAGUCGAUCAGCAUCAUUGUAUGAUUGUUAUGACAUUGAAAUACAUGAUACAUGUAUGUAAUAAAGAUCUUCCAACAUGUUACAGCUCUUUUGCAAUAACUACGAUUGUCCAUAACCACCAGAGAAAAUGUAACAUGGAAGACCAUGCAGGUAAAGAAAGAACAUUAGGGAAUUGCUUGCGUGAUAUAGCAAACUUUAUGUUCAAAAUUAGUGGCUUAAAAGAACAUGGCAAUACAGUAACAGUUGGCAGGAAAUGGGAAAAUGAUCUGCCAAAUAUUGACAUCAAAAGGGUAAAUCUGUUUGA